CACCAAACCACAGAGACACCAUCUCACAAAGUGCUUUUAUAUACAACAGCGAGUGUGCCAUGUCUCACCACGCUGCUACCUUGAUAUAACGUCAGCCUUUUCCAAACCGUAAUGGCGGAGCCAACCCUCAAACCCAAGGCCUAUGAAGAGCAGCAUGUUCACGAUGUGUAUGAGCAAAUCGCAAGCCACUUCUCGCAAACUCGCUACAAGCCGUGGCCCAUCGUCAAUGAAUUUCUGCUCGGUCUCGAGGCUGGGUCCGUCGGACUGGACGUCGGAUGCGGCAACGGCAAAUACCUGACCGUCAACCAAGACGUCUUCAUAGUUGCCAGCGAUCGCUCGACCAACCUAGCCAAUAUCGCGGCCCAGCACCAGCCACAUUCUGCCGUCGUGGCAGAUAACCUUUCCUUGCCACAUGGAGGUGGUGCGGGCGCCGGGCGCUUUGACUUUGCGAUUAGCAUCGCGGUAGUUCACCACCUAUCGACCCCCGAGAGGCGGACAGCGGCCAUUGGCGCAAUCUUGGAGUGCUUAAGGGAUGGGGGCCAGGCACUAAUCUACGUCUGGGCACUGGAGCAGAAGACGAGUAGGAGAGGUUGGGAUGAAGGUCACGAACAGGAUGUUAUGGUGCCUUGGGUGAUGAAGACGGGGAAGCAGCAGCUUCCAGAUGGAGAAGUUUCCAAGCCCAAAGAAACGACUUACCAGAGGUAUUACCACUUAUAUAAGUCGGGAGAGCUUGAGGAAAACAUCCGUUCGGCUGGGGGACAGGUCGUUAAAUCUGGUUAUGAGAAGGACAACUGGUGGGCAAUUGCGACGCCAAACAGCGCACCUACCUGAGAAUGUUAUGUGGAAAAGAAGCCUCCACGAGAGAUGCUGCCCCGCAUUGAGUCAUCGGGUAUAGCCCUAUGCUAUAUAAUUCGUAUCACAUUAUACUAUAGUGUUGGACAAGGCGACCGCCACGUGUCCAAGGCGUCACCUGUGCUGCGUCACCCUCGGUAUGGAACAGUUUGCACAGGAAUGUGCGUCAAAUGUGUGCCAAGCCAAGGCUACAUUCGUACAGCAGGCAUUGGGUGCCUCUUGCUCGAAACUCAUCGGGCACUGGGAUGGUAUGGAUGCUGCCAACAGUUUUAGGGCUGGGUUUGAAGGAACAUGGCUCUAUAUUGAGUCAUUCUAUGAAAUAACGAUAAUCUAGUAAUACAUUAUUGUCAAGUGUGGUAAAUAGACAAAAAAGAAAUAGAAGUAAAAAAUAAAAUAAAAAGUCUG